AUGAGUUUGCUACAAGGCGUGCUUAAAUCGCAAUCAUACUCCCAUGAUUUGAACGGACUCUCUCUGUCUUCCAGGCAGUCUCAGGCAGAGAAUGACUCGGAUGAUGAGCUCGUUGGCGUGUUCUCACUACCAGGCACGCCAGCGAGGUCGAGGGCACCUUCGCGCCCCUCAUCACGCCCUGUAUCACCCACUCGGAGGGGUCCUGUUCGUUUAGGCAGUGGACUGACAUCCAAGGGUCUCUCGAACGACCCCCUAAAGGCAUUCCCCACUCAGGUGUCGCAAAAUAUCUUCAGGUGGCUUGAGAUAUCAGAGCUCGCGACUUGCGCCAGGGUAUCAAGAAAGUGGAAUAAGAGCCAGACGCUGAACUACAUUUGGUUUCAGCAUUAUAGGAAGGAAAACUUCCACGACGACAGUCUUCCCCCUGGAAAGUGGACCAGGAGGGAGUCGAAGCAGAAUUGGCGUGAGGGCUCUGGGCGCACUUCACCAUCUCUGUCCGGCUAUCAAACGCCAAAGGAACUUAAGGAGGAGCAAUGGCGGCAAGAAGAGCUUACGCAAACCCGGCCAGGUAAGGUUGAGAUGAGAGAAAUGUAUAAGGAGCUGGGUGGCCGCAAGAGCAGGACCAAGACAAAGUUGGGAGGUUCUGGCGGCUAUAGAGAUCGGACGGGUUGGGGCGAAGGAGAUGAUGAUUGA